CGACAGAUCUUAACCGUAAUGUUCGCAGGAAGCUGGAAACAUGGCAGACUCAGAGGGAAGAGGUGAUUUCAAACAGACUGACAUCAGCAGACACACUGCAGAUGGAGACGGGAAAUUAGAGGACCUAGUACGAGUGAAGAAUGAAGGCAGGGAACUGACAAAAGAAGAGAAGCAGCGUCUGCGAAAAGAGAAGAAACAGCAAAAAAAGUGCAAAAAAGAUGACAAGGGUCCAACAGAAAAAGGACCGGACAGAGAAAAAAAGGCAGUCCCCUCCUCUGCUCAGCAGCCGCUUACACAGGGUCCAGCACAGAAAGCACCAUCAGCGGUUGCAGGUCCUAUCAGUGUACCUCCAGCAGAGAGCGCAGCGUCUGCGGACAAGCCGGCUAAGAGUAAAGCAGAGCUGAAGGCAGAGCGAAGGGCACGCCAGGAAGCAGAUCGCGCAGCAAAACAGUCUAAGAAAGAGCCAGGCGCCACUUCCCUGAGCAAGACUAAACUUUCACAGAGUGACCUUCAGUCAGUGGUUAAACGAUUACCAGAACACAUCCAAGUAGAUGAUCCUGCAGUGGUGAGAAAGCUGGCCAAGAAGCUUGAAAGACAGCAGAUUCCUCUGAGGUCAGAAUAUGGCUACAAAGUCAGUCUGUUCUCUCACCUGCACCAGUACAGCCGCAAGGCACCUCUCACACAGCUAAUCAGCAUCCCUGCCACAGUUAUACACCCCUCCAUAGUUCGGUUGGGCCUGCAGUACUCCCACGGCAUCAUAGCGGGCUCAAACGCACGCUCUGUGGCUCUCCUGCAUGCCUUUAAACAGGUGAUUCAAGACUACAGUACUCCUCCAAAUGAGGAACUGUCCAGAGAUUUAGUGAACAAAUUGAAACCUUACAUUAGUUUUCUCAAUCAAUGCCGCCCCCUGUCCGCAAGCAUGGGUAAUGCAAUCAAAUACGUCAAGAAAGAGAUCUCCAAUAUUCCAAAUCAGUGCAAAGAGGAGACGGCUAAGAAGAAACUCUUGUCGUGUAUUGACAACUACGUGAACGAGAAGAUCAAGUUGGCAGCCGAAGGCAUCUCUAAUAAUGCAAGUGAAAAGAUUAGCGACGGCGAUGUCAUACUCGUUUAUGGGUGCUCCUCACUUGUUAAUCAUAUCCUGUGUGAGGCGUUUGAGAAACUCCAAAGGAAGUUCCGAGUCAUCGUGGUGGACAGUCGGCCCAGACUGGAGGGCAGGGAGGCACUGAGGCGCUUAGUGAAGAGAGGCAUUCGCUGUACCUAUGUCCUCAUAUCUGCGCUGUCAUACAUUCUGCCUGAGGUGUCCAAAGUGUUUCUUGGAGCCCAUGCCCUUCUGGCUAACGGAUAUGUCAUGUCAAGGGUGGGAACUUCCCAAAUUGCCCUUGUUGCCAAGGCAUACAACGUGCCCGUGCUGGUCUGCUGCGAGACCUACAAAUUUUGUGAACGAGUGCAGACCGACUCGUUCGUGUCCAAUGAGCUUGAUGACCCUGAUGAUCUGAUCGUGACACGUAAGGGAAAGACCCAACUGGAGAACUGGCAGAGCGUAAAAUCCCUAGGCUUGCUGAACUUGGUUUAUGAUGUCACGCCUCCAGACUUUGUCGAUUUGGUGAUCACAGAGCUAGGCAUGAUCCCCUGUACCUCUGUGCCUGUAGUGCUACGAGUGAAGAAUGUAGAUCAGUGAUGAAUGUAGAUCAGGCUUUCCUGUUGCAUCUGUUAAUUCACAAGCCUGCACACACUGCGCAUCUGGUCUAGAAUAAAUCUUCAUCUAAAAAGCCAAUUCCUUUUCAGUUCAUGCUGUUCUGUUAUUUUGUUCUUAUUGACAGGACAUCAACUGCAGCACUUAGCAGUUUCUGUACUUGUACAGUUUCUGACUUUCCUUCAGAGGUUUAGAUAGGUGGGUUUGUGUGUGUGUUUGGGGAGUAAAAUGGAUUGCAUUACUAUAAUAAUAUGGAAUAAAGUGAUGUAAAGCAGACACGCUGAGAGCGGGAAAAGA